CCUCUGGUUUUGAUGCAACGCCUGCGGGUGUCGUGGGACGCGACGGCGACAGCACCAGCCACGGCGACCCCGCCAUGCCUCAGCCUGCAGCCCCCGGCCUUUAAAUCCAUGGAAGUGGCCAACUUCUACUACGAGGCGGACUGCCUGGCCGCCUUCACCAAGCUGCCCCCGGGCCGGGGAGGGGGCCGCCCGCUCGGCGACCUCGCCCCCAUCGGGGACCACGAGCGAGCCAUCGACUUCAGCCCCUACCUGGAGCCCCUGGGCGCUCAGCACGCUCCCCACCCCAACCACCACCACCACCCCAACCACCACCACCACCACCACCAGCAGCCCACCAACCACCGCCAGCAGCCGCCUCCCCCGUCGACGGGGGGCAACUUCGAGCCGCCGGCCGCCUCGUCCUCGUCGUCGUCCUCGUCGUCGUCGUCGUCGUCAUCGUCCUCGACGCCCUCGGCCCCCGGCCACCCGCACGACUUCCUCUCCGACCUGUUUUCCGACGACUACGCCAAGGGCGGGUCGGGGGUCAAGAAGCCGGGCCUAGACUACGGCUACCUGGGCCUGGGCCGGCCGGCCGCCCCUCUCCCUCCUCCGCCGGGCGCCGGCAAGGGCAUCGCGGGCAGCGGCUGCUUCUCGGCCCCCGAGCCCAAGGCGGAGCCCGCCUUCGACCCCGCCGACCCCGGGCCUUGUCGCCGGAAAGGCGAGGACUCUCCGGCCGGGCCCAUGGCCGCCGGCUCGCCCUUCGCCGUGCGCUCCUCCUUCCUGGGCUACCAGUCGGUGCCCAGCGGCAGCAGCGGCAACCUGUCCACCUCGUCCUCGUCCAGCCCGCCCGGGACCCCCAGCCCGGCCGACCCCAAGGCCGGGGCCUGCUACCCGGGCCCGGUCCCGCCGCCGCCGCCGCCGCCGCCUCCUCCGCCGCCGCAACAACCCAAGGCCAAGGCCAAGAAGAGCGUCGACAAGCACAGCGACGAGUACAAGAUCCGCCGCGAGCGCAACAACAUCGCCGUGCGCAAGAGCCGCGACAAGGCCAAGCUGCGCAACCUGGAGACGCAGCACAAGGUGUUGGAGCUGACGGCCGAGAACGAGCGGCUGCAGAAGAAGGUGGACCAGCUCUCCCGGGAGCUCAGCACGCUCAGGAACUUGUUCAAACAGCUGCCCGAGCCUUUGCUGGCCUCCUCCGGACACUGCUAGCCCCCGCUGCCCCUCGGCCCCCUUGCCCCGGCUCCGGGGACCCCCUGUGUGCACGUGGGUGUGUGGGUGUGUCCGCGUGUGCACGUGCGGAUGAGACUGCCGUGUGUGUCUGCGUGUGCACGGGUGGAUGAGACUCUGUGUGUGCCUGUGUGUGGAGACUGUGUGUG